GCUGGAGCCGCGUUUCCUCAGUGUGUCAGGCGGAGCGCUGGUUUUAGCUAGUCUGGAAGUUUGAAGUCGGCCUAGUUUGCUAAUUCUGGAAUAGCCAGGGCAAGAGAGAAGGAAAAACGACAGUUCUGCGGUUCUUGACGUGUUAUGGCACUGGAUAAAAUGGACGAAAAUGACUGGAAAUACCACGGAGAGGGGAACAAGAGCCUCGUUGUUUCUCACGUCCAGCACUCCAGAGUCCUUCGCCUUUUGAAGUAUCCGUCAGAAGAUGCAGAGAACACGCAGCGGACGACAGAACAAGCUUUUCAGCACAUUCUUAACAUAGUGGAGUACAACAGGAAUGUCAUGAAGCCCUUACUCGGGGAGAAAUAUGUACACAGUGGAGAAGUCGUCAAACUCCCGCUAGACUUUGUCAGGCAGCUGUCUUUAAAGGUACAGCAGGAACGACCAGAAUUGCGUUGUGACAAAGUCAUGGACACUUUCAGUGGCUGCGGCCUGUGCCUUCCCAACCUCACCCACCUCUCGCCAUGCCACUUUGGAGACCACCGGCCUCCACUGUGUGUAGAAAUUAAGCCAAAAUGUGGUUUUCUACCCUUUUCGAGACAUGUUACUAAGGAAUGCAAACGGAAAGUUUGCAGAUUUUGUAUGCAUCAACAUUUUAAGUUAGCAAACGGGAAGUGGAACAGACUCAGCAGGUAUUGUCCGUUGGAUCUCUUCUCAGGGAGCAAACAGCGAAUGUUUGUUGCAAUCAAGCACUUACUGGAAGAACCACAAAACAACUUGAAAAUAUUUAAGGGUGGAGAGUUGAUAUACAGCUGUAAAGACGAUGCCAAGCAGCAGCCAGACCUGAACGAGCUGGUACAGCACCUGUGGCCCUACUUCCACCACAGCAACGGCCUUUAUAACGGGCACCAGUCCAGUAAAGCAGUCUUUAACGAGUUCAUUCAGGUGAUCUGCGGCGCUCUGCUGGGCAGUGGGGACUCCAGUCGCUCGGGGGAACCCAGGAAGGUGCAGUUGGCUGAGAGCAGGUCGGUGUGUGAGGCCAGUCCUCUUCACAGAGAACUACUGCGUAGCGGCAAUCAUGGUCUGCCCAAAGACUCUGUCCUUGCGAAAAUCCUACAGGUUCAGAUGUUGGACAACCUGGAUAUUGAAGGAGUUUACCCGCUAUACAAGAGAGUGGAGCAGUAUCUGGAGGAGUUUCCUAAAGAGAGGAACAGACUACAGGUAGACGGCCCAUAUGAUGAAGGUUUCCUGGAGAAGGUGAAAACCUGUCCGUCUGAAGAUGAUGGCUCCAUAGAAUACGCUGUUGGAAAGGUUCUCCAGUACAGAGUCGCGAUGACGGCCAAGGACUGCUCCAUCAUGAUCACGUUCGCUCCAUGUGGAGAAGAUGAGAAACUACAAGCCAACUUGGAGAUCCAGCCUCCGAAGCCUCGCUUCACAUACUCAGUCUCCAUCCUGGAUUUGGACCCCAAACCUUAUGACAGUAUCCCGCACCAGUACAAGCUGGACUCCAAGAUCGUCAACUACUACCUGCGGAGCACAACAAGCGCCCAGGAUCUCCCUACAUCCAACCAUUACAAGGACAGGCAGGACUGCACGCUGCUCUUCCAUCCUGUAUGAACAACCUCGCUCCUCUCCACUUCCUCCUCACUACUCCAGAGUGCUGCUUUUGAUGUGAACGACAGAAAAAAGCAAAAACUGAAGAUUAAGAUGCAUCCAGAUAUAUAUUCAUUUCUUUGUUCUUUGUCAGAGGCUCCUCUCGUUGUCCUCUCCUCCCCACCUUUACGAUGUGUGCCAUAUUUUUAUUUUUAAAUGUGAAAGUGGCCGGAAGCUCAGUGUUCUCAGUGCUUCUGAAUUGGUAUAAUCGGUCCGUUUGUUUGGUGUUAGCCAGUGGAGCUAGUUUUUUCUGUGGGGCACAUUCAAACUGGGGCUGGCCUCCUCAUGCACAGUGCCUGGGUGGACCGAGGAAGACGAGGGUGAGCUGUUGCUGUAGUGCAGUCUGACUGGUAAAGAAGUGCCAAAACUGGCUUGCGUGUGGUCGUUCCUGUCACGGAUUACAAAUAAUAGCUUUUAAUUGAGAGAGGAGCCAUUAAGUUGCAGGGGGUCCUCGGUAUGUGUGCAAGUAAGUGUGGAGCAUUAUUAGUGUCUACAUUUUAUAGACUUAAUUAUAUUAAAUUAAAGAUGGUUACUUAAGGUGAAGUAAGACUACUACUGCUGUUCUACAUCGGUUCCUGAGGUCUGUGCUGGCUUACAGUUUUUUAGCAGUUGGUCAGAAAUAUUGUACUGAACGCUUGAAUGAAUGCAGGGUGGUGAGUUUGUUUAUUUGAUUAUCUUAAACACCCUGACUGAACUUGUUCUUUAAAUACUGGGGUCUAAUCUGAUCUCAGUAAGACAGUACUGUAUUAAAGAGUCAUUAUAAAGGUUCUAGGUUUUUCCUCAAGCUUCUUGAACAGAUUGAGAAGGGUAGAGAGAGACCUUUACACUCCAAACCACUCCCAACUUUACACACUACACCAAAAAUGACCAGUCCACACACCCACACCACCAAUCACACAUCAAGCUACAUUAAGGAGAAGUAUUCAGUUACUUUACUGCAGCUUACAGGAAUACUCCAGCAUUUUCAGCCAAUAAAGCACCUUCCUUCUCAUUUACAUCUAUUUUUAGUUUACAGCCAAUACAUUUUCUUCAGUACAGAGAUGCAUGUCCGCUGUUUGCCAGGUUUCAGUCCACUUAUUUGAGUAUUUUGAUAAAUCUAAUAUAUAAAAACAAAGCCUAGUUGGAAUUGGCAGGUGUUAAAUAAAAGUGGCAAAUUUUGCAUUAAUACACAAUUUAAAUGAAAGGAGAAAAGAGUCUUUGGAUGUAGUGAAAUAUGAUAGAAUUUAAAAUUUUGGGGAGUAACCCACCUCCGAUCGCUCCAGCAUUCUGAAAUACAGAGCUUUAAGCCGAUGCUCCUAACAGGCUUACAAUGCUAGUGAUAGGAGUGUACAGCUGCCAAUGAAAAGAAAUUUUAAAUUACAUAAAAACUGGUUCUUUAUAGAGGGAAAUGUGGACAUUUAAUGACUAUAUUACACAAAUAAUCAAGUUUCUAAGAGAUUUGUCAAAUCUCUCCAGUGAGUGUAUGUGUAUAUGCUGGAAAAUAUACCCAGGAAGUUGUUAAACCCCUUAUUGUUGGUCUAAUUACUGAGGGUUUAAUGAGCUACGCCCCUCGCUAUACAAUAACAGGCUGUUGAUGUCAACACACUAUCAUUUUAAGCCCUGUUUGGAAGGGAUAAGAUUUACAGCGAAAGGGUGGGACAGGAAUUCACUCUGGAUACAUUUUAGCAUCGAUGGCUGAGAUGGGAGUGGCUACUCAAUUUAUGCACUGCUGUCACCUCCAAAAACCCUAGCUUGAAGCUCAUCUUCAGGAUUUGCAUUUUGUAUGUUGUAAAGCUUCUCCUUGAGGGUUGCCACAGACUUCUAGAACAACCUGAGCUGUCUGUGCAUCAUCACAUUCAACAGAACCAAACGCCUUCUCAAGCAUCUCUGUACUUCAGAAAAGCAGUGAAGAAUUGCAGCAGAUUUUCGACAGAUUCCUUGCACAGGAUUAACAUUACCUGAGGUUAUCUUUAUGAGUGAGGAAGAGCACAAUCCCAAAAAAUAAAAAUAAACUGACAUUGCACAUUUGUAUAAGACAAAAUCACUGAGGAUUUUCUGUAGUAAUUACGUUACCCUGAAAAUACAAAUCACAUCCCAAUAGGGCACUAGUGGACAGUCCAGAUCCAGAAAGUACAAAUCCACUGAUAGAAUCUAAAAAACAAAUGUAAUUUUUUUUGUUUGUUUUUUGCAAUACUGUUAUCUGUUUUUAAAACUGCUGCCAUUGUAAAUAAAGGCAGAUUUAUUUUGAGGUACAAAUAUUGGCUUAUCCUUCAACUGAGUAGUGUAAUAUAACAUUCUAUUUAAAUUUAGACUUGAAAUCACAAAUUUGACUUUAUUUAUUUAUUUUUUGUUAAUAUCUGAAGCAUCUUUGAACACAUAAUUAGGUCAUUUAUGUCAUUGUUAAAACACAUGGAGUCAUACUAACGGUACCUCUCUACUGACCUUAUUCAUUAAUGCCCGGGGUGGAUUUUCUGGACCCGGAUUGGCCACCUCUGCUAAAGAGCUUUAGAGUGGCGAACAUCAUGGAAAAUAUCUAGAACUUCUGAUAUGUGACAGUUAAACACUAUAUAAAUACACACUUUUUUUUAUCGUUAUUUGACCUUGUUGGGAAGACUAAACAGUUGUGGGCUGGUGCUGAUAAUCAAUAUCUGUCUAUAUCUGCUGAUUACAGAUCGAGUGAUAAACCUUUUGUGUCCUUCAUGCGGUUUUUGCCUCAAGUGUGACGAGCAGCAAGAAAAUCCCAAACUCUGCCGCUUUGUUUCACAAGUGUGUGAUUCUGUCUAGAACACACGUCCUCAGCUUCAGCAGUGUGUGAUUUUGAAGUAAUUAUGUCGAUAGUUGAUUGAUUUUCUGUGAUUUUUUUUUUUGAUCAAUCAUUUUGUCUGUUCCUUUUUAUAAACCACUGAAGUUUGAGUUCUGUUUACCCCGUUUUAUUACCCCUCCCACAGUACCUGUGCAGUUUCAUGACUCAUGACUGUAGUGAAGUUCAGAGGAUUUUGUCAGAAUUCACAGCCUUUACUCUUCACAUAAACGUUUUUGUUUAUUUUGUAUACCUCGAUCUUUUGGGUGCCCAUUUCUGUCUUUCUUUUCACCCUGUAUCUGGCAGCAGCAUGGCAGAUUUGACUUUGUAUGACCCCCAUUUUUAAAUAAUGAUUUAACAUUUAAGCUCUUUUAAGAUGGUAAAUGAAUUUGGAAAAAAAAGACAAAUGAAUCACUUUUCUUUCCAAAUAUUAUUUUUCAAAAGUUAAUUUUCAGAAAUGGCUUUUUAAAACAAUAUCCUAGUAACAGUCAGAAUUUAAAGCAUUUCAUAGGAUUUUUUCUAGAAAAGUGGGGUUCUAAGUAAAGUAUGGAGAGAAAAAGUAAUUUAAUUUUAGGUUACUAAGUCAGUAUUUAUAGAAACAUCAAAAAUAAAAACAGAUGAGUAUAUAAGAUGACUCAAAACUUAACUAAAUUAAAGGAUAAGUAAAUGGUCUCAGAUAUGUCAGUAUUCUAAAAAUCAUUGUAACUCAAUUUGGAGAUAAAUAAAUUACUGUAUUUGUGAUAUUUAUUUAGGAGUGAGUCAGUAUUCCACGACACUACAUAAAAAAUGGAGAACAAGUCAUUAUUUUAAGUUCAGAACAAGUAGUCAUUGUUUUGAGCUACUAACUUUUGGCAUAUUACAUAAUGUGAUAUUUGGAAAGAAAUCAAUACAUUUAUUCUGAGAUCAGAAUUUAAAGACAUUAAAUAAAAAAAAAAAUCAAAGUAAAUGUCAUCUGGAAUUAUCAAGUCAAUAUAUGAAGAAAAUUCUGAAUUUUGCCAGAAACCUAAAAACAGGCUAACCAAGACAGAAGUUGGCUUCCAUUGCGUGUUUUUUUUUUUUUUUUUUUUUGAUGCAGGCUGAUCUGAUUACAGUGAGGGAAUUUCAUGUGUACAUGUGAGUAAAAGUUCUCAGUCUAGGACUCUAUCGUCUGUCUCUCUCGCUGCAGUAAAAACAGACGUUUCCAUUUUAAACAAAACGCAGUUACUGUAACAUCCCCCCUUUUAGACUUUAAGUAUAACGAGUGCUGGUUUAAUGAAGAAUGCUAAUGUUGCUAACAGGGACUGAAAUAAUGUGUAGACGCCGAUUAGCUUUGUGCUGACAUGCUGCUGAUUGGUAGCUGCUAAGUCCCACCUAUCAUUAGUAUUUACGUCAUUUAACCGACGUGCACUGAGUGAGGCACGAGUAUCUGUGUUCUUUCUAGGGGCGGGGCUUGGUGACCCUCUCACUACAGAGAUGUGUAAAGGAUGCUUAACACCUGACCUUUAGAUAGAAAUGAAAUAUUAUUAUUAUUAUUAAUCCUCUAAGAAAUCACAAUCACUGUGAUGAGAUGAAGGAAGGACUAAAAAGAUAAACUAUUUCAGAAAUACAAAGUGGAUUUUGCUGUCACAUUUUGUAUUUAAAUUAUUUAUUUUUCUAGCUAUUGUCUAAUGAUGUAUAUUUACAUACAGUAUGUGCGUACAUAUACAUGUGAUGAUGGAAUGUGUACAGAAGGCAUUAAUACAUUUCUUAAAGGGUGGCUUAUACAGGUGGUGUUUAUACUGAAUAAAAUUAUAAUGAAUUUAUCAGCUAAA